AAUACAGUAAUAAUUUUUUGUCUGUGUAUGUAUCUUGCAGGGGACUUUCAACCAUAUAUAUAAAUGCCACGCUACCAAUCAAACUCGUGAGUCACAGGUUUUGUCUUUAUCUAUUGCAUUCAUGGCUUUUUUUCUGCUAAAUUCUUUGUGCAGUUCCUUCCGUGGACCAAGAACAUUUCAGGCUUCAGCCUUUUGGUGAUGUAACUGGUCCAAGGGCCCAAGGCCCAUUGUUGUGAGAUCUCGGGAUAGAGAUUGAGGGCACACAUGGAGAGCGUAGAUAUGAUAAAAUUUGAUUUGUAAGAUAAUUAUUUAUGAGUUCGCAUUAGCGGUAUGAAGUUUGAGGAUGUUUGGCAACUGGAGUCAAGGGGAAUUUUUAUCCAUUAAAUUGAGGUUUGAUGCUGGAUUGCUGACACCUGCUGGCAUCAGCAUGCACAGAGCAAUCCAAUUCUAAAAUGUUCAGCCAGGUAAUCAACUUCUUUGAUGAUGAUGAUCAACCACUACUUUGCUCGUUCUGAACUGUUUGUACGAAAAUUUCUUUGUAUAUGUCUGUCAAGAUCGAUAGAGAGAGAAACAGAGUGAGAGAGAGAAAGGUAUCAGAGAAUGAAGGCAUCUUUGCUUUUCAUCAUCUUCUUGAUCGCCUUAGACAUCUAUGGCUUAUCAUCAUCCCUUGUGAAUUCACAAACAGAAUCCUGCAGCUCAAACAUAAACCUCAAUGGUUCGGUGUCUUUCAACACUACUUCCCUCCAUUGUCUCUCUGUUUGGGAUUCUCAAGGUUUCAUCCUCAGAUAUUCGCAGACAGCAUCUAACCUAUGGAGCUUCGUUCUUUCGGCUCCAGACACAACCUCUUACAUAGCCAUGGGGUUCUCGACCAACGGCGCCAUGGUUGGAUCCAGUGCAAUCGUGGGUUGGGUCUCGUCGGACGGUGCCGGAGUGGUUAAGCAAUAUCAUCUGGGUGGAACUUCGCCGAGGCUUGUGGUGCCUGAUCAGGGCAACUUAAAGGUUGUCAGCAACUCAACCGCUAUCAUCUCCCAAUCCUUGCGUCUGUACAUGGCCUUCCAGUUGGAAACCGAUAACGAUCAGCAGCCGCAGUCUCGGCAGCUGUACUCGGUCGGACGGACAGGAGUGUUUCCCUCGGCGCCGAACUAUGUCUUGUCCGAGCACCAAGUGAAGGUCUCCACGUCCAUAAACUAUGUAACAGGUCAAAGCACUUCAUCGGGAGGCCCAUAUGUAAAGCUAAGGAGGAGCCAUGGAGUACUGAAUAUGAUAGGAUGGGGCAUUCUGAUGAUAAUUGGAGCAAUAGUUGCUCGUUACUUUAAGCAAAAAGACCCAACUUGGUUCUAUCUUCAUACCUCAAUUCAAUUACUCGGAUUUGUGCUUGGAAUUAUAGGAAUAGUGUGUGGAUUCAUCUUGAAAAAUCGUCUUAAUGCCCAUGUCAGUACCCAUAAGGGUAUUGGGAUCUUCAUUCUUGUUCUUGGCUGCCUCCAGGUAAUGGCCUUUUUGGCUCGACCAAACAAGGAGGCAAAACUACGCAAGUACUGGAAUUGGUAUCAUCAGAACGUGGGGAGAAUUCUAAUUAUUUUCACAAUUGCAAACAUCUUCUAUGGGAUCCAUUUAGGUGGAGAAGGAAGGGGUUGGAGUGCUGGCUAUGGAGUUGUUCUUUGUGUCUUGUUCAUCACUAUUGUUGUUCUUGAGUUAAGAAGUUGGAUUAGGAAGUAAAAUCCAUUGUUGGGUCGUACAUGGUAGAUUAUGAGUUUGUUUAGAGUUAUGGUAGGAGUUUUAAAAAGUGCUUAAAUAUCUUUAAAAGUUUUUUAAUGAAAAUAUUAGAUUGUUUAAAUAUUACAGAUUAAAUCACUUUUAAUCUUACAUAA